GAGGUCAUUCUGUAUUUGUUAAAUGUUAGGGAUUAGUUUCUAUUUUUAUGUGUUGAAUUGGUGAUUUUAUUAAAGGAAGUGUUAAAAAAGCUCAAGUUGUAAACGAUGUUAUCUCUAUGUAAACAGAGCUUGUCUUCAAGCUUUCAAAGAGCGGGUGUACGAUGUAUGGCUUCGGUGCUACCUGACAUGAAAAUCAAUGAUUUUGCAGUCAAGAACGAACCUGUGCUACAGUAUUUGAAAGGGUCCAAAGAAAGAUCAGAAUUAGAAAAAGCAUUGAAAGAAGCUUCGUCGCAGACUGAGGAUGUUCCCAUUGUUAUCGGCGAUCAAGAAAUUAAGAAUAACGAUGUUAGAUAUCAGGUAAUGCCACAUGAUCACAAGAAAAAAUUAGCCAAAUUUUAUUACGCUGAUAAGAAUCUUGUUAAAAAAGCUAUAGAUGUAGCUUGUGAAGCCCAGAAGAAAUGGGAUGCUGUACCUAUUUCAGAAAGGAUAAAGAUUUGGGACAAAGCAGCAAACUUGAUGGCCAAUCAAUACAGAGCCAAGUUGAACGCUGCUACUAUGUUGGGACAAGCAAAAACUAUGAUACAGGCUGAAAUUGAUUCGGCCGCGGAACUGAUUGACUUUUUCAGACUGAAUGCCUAUUUCUUAAAGGAAGCAACUAAAUAUCAACCCAUAUCAGAAGACCCAAGAGUUACAAAAAAUUCCAUGAGGUAUCGUGGGAUUGACGGUUUUAUAGCAGCGGUAUCGCCAUUUAAUUUUACAGCUAUAGGAGGAAAUUUGGCAUACACUCCAGCCCUUAUGGGUAACGCAGUUUUAUGGAAACCCAGUGAUACAGCUUUACUCUCGAAUUGGGUAAUCUUUAAAAUCUGCAGAGAAGCCGGAGUACCUCCUGGCGUAGUCAAUUUUGUACCUGCAGAUGGACCAGUAUUUGGAGAUACCAUUACCUCAUCCCCACACUUGGCCGGAAUUAACUUCACUGGAAGUGUCCCGACUUUUACAAGGUUAUGGAAACAAGUAGGAGAUAAUAUAAACAUUUACAGAAAUUUCCCACGAUUAAUUGGGGAAUGUGGUGGUAAAAACUAUCACUUCGUCCAUCCGACGGCAGAUGUGCAAAGUGUUGUCAACGGUACUAUUCGUAGUGCUUUCGAAUUCUGCGGGCAGAAAUGCAGCGCCUGUUCGAGGAUGUACGUUCCAGAAUCACUCUGGCCUAAGAUUAAGGAAGGACUGAUAGAAAAGAGGAAUCAACUAAAAAUUGGCGAUCCAACGGAUCCUGCUACCUUUACCUCAGCUGUUAUCGAUGAUAAGGCUUUCAACAGGAUUAAAGGUUACAUAGAACAUGGCAAGAAGUCGUCUAAUACAGAAAUCGUUGCGGGAGGUAAAUGCGAUGAUAGUGUUGGCUAUUUCAUUGAACCCACGAUUAUCCAGAGCAAGGAUCCUAAAGACAAAUUGAUGGUAGAAGAAAUCUUUGGCCCCGUUCUCACUGUAUAUGUUUACAAAGACGACAAAGUGAAAGACACCCUCAACCUAAUAGAGUCAUCAACAUCCUUUGCUCUCACAGGAGCUAUUUUUGCCCAAGAUGAGAAAUUCCUUAAGAGUGCUGUCGAAGAACUGAAAAUGACUGCAGGCAACUUUUAUGUUAAUGACAAAUCGACUGGAAGCGUUGUUGGACAACAACCAUUUGGAGGUGCUAGAUUAUCAGGCACGAACGAUAAGGCUGGUGGACCACAUUACGUCCUGAGAUGGGGAAAUCCACAAGCUAUUAAAGAAACGUUUGUUCCUUUAACAGAAAUCGAAUAUCCAUAUAUGAAACAGUAGAUAAUAUCUAUCUAAUGGAAAUAUAUUUUUUUAGGUUUCAAAAAUUAGCAUAUUGCUUUUAAUGUGAUAAAUAUAAGAGUCAUAUGUAAUAGUUUUCGUUGUAUACAGGAUCUUUCUGGACUUAUAAGUUGUUACAAGGCAUUUAUAGGUAUAUAUGGGGGAGAAGAUUUUUUAUAAAUAUUUUUUAGUGAUGUACAGGAAUGCCAAGAUAUUAGGAUUGAAUAAAUUAACAACAAAAAUACUAUUUGACCAUUAAACAAAACAGUUCCUUGUAAAAAAGAAGUUUUUUUAAUAGUUCAUUCAUGAAUUUGUUAUUUCAUAUUAGAAGUCGAGAUGUUAAUGACAUAAAUAACCGUUCAUGCAACAAGUGGUCACAAUUUGUUAAUGUGCCAAUACUGGACAGAAUAAUAACGAAUAGUGAAGACUUCCUCAAGACUUAACAUUUUUCCGCAAAACUGUUUUCGUUAAACAGAAAUCUCCACAUAGCAGAAAUUAAAACAAGAGUUUAGAAAAUAAUGAAUAGUUCUUUGUUGCGAUAAAGCAGAAAUUAGAGUGACUAUUACACUUACCCCCAAAAUUUAUCUCCACUGCCAUUUUCUUUUAGUAACGUAAGAGAAUGUCAAAUACUUUUCUCUUUGGAAUUUAUAAGUUCGGAAAUAUCUUGUAUAUAAAUAUUAGUACUAAAAGUAAUGUAGGAAAUUUUCUACCACAGACUUAGUCUUACAGUCACCAAUUGAGUAUGUACAUUACUGUCUUUAAAUUUCGAGUAAUAAAAAAGACGUUUAUAGAUGGUUCUAAAUAGUAGUUCACUUUUCUAAAGAGUUUAUAUUAUUCGAGGUAUUUAGGAAGUUAAACUGUAUAGACAAUAUUAAAUAAACUCUGAAAGUAUUUAUGAACAUUUUUUGUUUGUUACCAACACUUUGUAUAAUAUGUAAUUAUUUUAUUUGUGCAUGUGUAUGUUGUAUAUUCUUUUGAUUUUUAUUAUACACCAGUAAUAAAUGUAAUUUCCAAAAUUAUGUAAGCAAUAAAUAAUUUAUUUU